AUGUCGAAAGAAGACGGUUCUGGGAGAAACAACCCUCCUCCACAUGAUGAGUCCACACACUGGGCAAACCCAACCCACGAAUCUCGGCGAAGGUCGUCAAAUAUCCUGCAAAGAAUCGACGAAGACACAGUACUCCCUUCGCUCGCAGUUCCGCAAAGAUCCUACGCAAUAGACCAAGACGAAGGCCGGUACCAAGAUGCACCGAGGAGAAGAUACUCGAACAACAACAUCUUGCGCAAAACUACCUACCAAGAAGAUUAUGCUACAGUGGGAAUGCGACCACGAAACAAUACCACUAGCUAUGCAGCGCCUACUAGAGCUUCUCGGGCCAAGAAGAACGAAAAAGUGGAGGUUCCCUCGUCGGCCGGAUGGAAUCGCAGAUCGAGAGAGAUUCCGAGCCGCCCAGAAAGUGCGGCGCUGCAGGGGUCUUCUGCACAGGGGUAUUACCACCAGAACAGUCCUGUAAUGCAGAGAACGCCGGGUUUUGAGAAUGGCUGGAACCAGAGUGCUGCGGGUAGUCAGGUACAGAGUCACGGCGGAGAUGCUGGAGAUACUGAAGACGAGACGCAGGUUGGUAGCGAUGUGGGGGUUAUACUUGAUCAGUGGAAGCGGGAAAAGGAGGAAGUAGAGGAAGAUUUAAUUGGUGCACAUGAAUUGGGGCGGCUGGACCAGGUCGAGCAGCUGAAGGUCGAGCUGGAGAGGUUGCGUGAGGAACGCGAUGAGGCGUUGCGACUUACACAGGCACUUCAACACCAACUGGAAACAACUCAGGACGAAGACGCGAGUCUACAAAAGAACGACAAAGAUUCGCAAGACAAAAAUACGGAGUUCGUUCCUGAAUAUCAGUCUAGCGAUGCUGGUGCUGAUGUCCAAGACUGGAAGAAAGAGUACGAGGAAGUCUUGGCCAUAUAUCAAGAACUUGAGGCUGCUGCGGGGGAACAUGAUGACGUAAAGCGGGAGCUACAAUCGAGCAAGGCGGAUGUAGAGAAUCUGAAACAAAAAUACGAUGCACUCUUGAUCAGAAACCAAGAGCUAGAGGAGAAGAUAGAAGCGCGAAAUCAACUGGAACCUGGCCUACCGCUCAAGGAAACUCCAGAAAUCGAGAACAGGAAACUACGAAAAGUAGUCGUAGAAAAAGAGGGCCAAAUUGUAAAACUUCAGAUAAAAGUAGGAGACGCACAAGAUAAAUUGGGGGAAUUGAAAGAAUUCGCCAAACAAAUCGAAGACGAGGCUUUCGAUAGCAACAAGAAACUCGAACAACUACGAAAUAUCGUGCACGACAUCAGCGAGGCCGUGGGGCAGCGCGCGCAAACCUUUUCCGGCGACCCAAACAUGGAUAUUCGAGGCUUUGGUGAUCUUAUGAAGACCUUUGUAGACAACGCUGAGGCUACCGAGUUAAUCGCAAAUAUCGACGAGCUAAUGGGAAAGCUUUGGCAGACAAAUGUGACUCUGGCACACCAAAUGGGGGAAAUGAAUUACGAAAUCUUGAGCCUUAAGAAGACAAAGAGGGACUCGAUGCGGGGUUUCAGUCUGCCAAAUCCGGGCAUCACAAGUCCAACGUUAAGUCCGCGACAGGCGGAUAGAGAUGGAUUUGAGAGUCUGUAUAAACAAGAACGGGAGAGGCGCAAAGCUGCAGAAGAGACACUGCAAGAGAGGGAUGCUAUCGCAGUAAAGGAGCAACAUUUGGAACUUUCACGGCAGAACGAACAGCUUCAAUCAGAUCUUCAACAAGCACAAGAAGAGCUUGCUGAUCUACGCAAGCAAGUCGAUGAGCUGCACCUGACAGCCGACUCCUGGAAAGACGAAUCGGAACAGAGCAAGAGAGAGUUGGAGAAGCGCAGUGAUGCAUUGCAGAGUUUCAUCGUAAAGCAACGGCAAGAAGAACACCAGUACAUCAAAGAGUAUCACGACAAGACGCUUGAUGAAUCUCACUGGGAAGUCGCACCUCUCCAGGAGAAGCUGCAAGCUCUUGAACAAGACAACCAAACACUCAAGCAGCUGUUUGAUCGUAGCCAGAGAAAGGAUAUACAAAAGGAGCAAGAAAUGAUGAGACUGGCAGCAACGAAACAGCUCGCACUGGCACAUAUCGACCACAUGGAGCAAGCCUACCACCUCGGCAUACCGCUGCCUAACAUGCCCCCUCUCCCCACUCUACCGACCGUGAAAGAAGAAUUGCAGGAAGACGACAGUUCAGAUUCCGACAGCAUAUGCCCCUCGUCGUGCCCGCCAUCUCCCGUGCGCAUCAGACACGCCCCCAUCCCCAACCGCAUCCCGCGCUGCCAACUGCCUGCCAGAGUCAAAGACCGCAAAACCAUCGUCGCCGCGUACCGCGCCGAACUCAAAGCAAAAACAGACCAAGAACUCCUCCGUCUAGCCUUCAACCCGCAGCCAUACGCCCACAGCAAAAAAGACCGCCACCACCCCUCGCCCGGCGACGAAAUCAUGGAAAAAGUCCGAAAGUGGAAACUCGGCAGGAUGUAUCCACCAACCAGCAAGUCGUGGGACGAAACGCGCAAGAAGAGCCCGUGGGAGCGCUGGGGAGCAAGCGACUGGAUUGAGAAAAAUGCGUCGGGGAGAGACUUGGAAAUUAUCGCCCAGAGCGGGGUGUCGUCUUGA